AUGUCCUUGUUCAAGCGUACCUUCAGGUCGCAAGACCCCAAUGUCCGCGUCGACAAGACGUCCAGGCUGAAGAAGUCAAGCUCAAUCCGGGAUCACCAGAAGCUAUCGAAAAUGCAACAGUCCGUCACUGAGAAGCCCGCCAUGGCCCCGCCAGCCGCUCCCGCGCCGCUGCCAACCAAGACGGGUAAGUCCGUGGCCCCUUCGCCCAUCGUCACCUUGACUGUGGGACGCGAGGGCCGGCUGUUUGCCGCUCACGAGGACGUCCUCUUCCAGUCGCCCUUCUUCGAGGCCGCCUGCCGAGGCCAGUUCUUUGAGUCGCAGAGCAAGAGAAUAUCCCUCCCUGACGAAGAACCCGAGAUCUUCUCCUCCGUCCUCGAGUACCUCUACAAGGGUGACUACUACCCCCGCCUCAUGCACAACAGGCACCGCAACUCUUGGGAGCUCGAGGACGCUGUUAGAGGAACUCCCCAAACCUCCCCCAACCCCGAAAACACCACCCGAGGCGGCCGCGCAGCCGUCACCCCCUCCACUCCCACAACGACAACCACCACAACCCCGAGUGAGGCAACAAUCUUCGUCUCGGGAUGCGGGCAACACAUCCUCCGCGACACUGUCAUUUACUGUGCUGCGGAGCGGUACGGGCUCGAGGAGCUCAAGCGCCUGGCUCUGCGCAAGCAGGGUCUCCAGUCUGGUAUCGACAUCGGCACCAUCCUGCGCUCCGCCCAGUAUGCCUACGCCCACACCCCCGACUCAGACUCGCGGCUGCGCGCUCACUACCUCGCCCUGAUCAUCAGGUGUCGCAAGACAUUCAAGAGGAGCGGAACCAUGCAAGCCGAGAUGGAGCGCGGCGGUAGCAAGCUCUUCUUCGACCUGUUCGUGGCCAUGUGCAACCACCUCGACGACGUUAUCGACCACAGCAACGCGCGAACACCCAAGACCGUCUGA